UUUUAUUUUGAAAUCUGCGCUAGGAAGUGAAGUGACUAGAUCAACUCGAGCUUGACACCGGCUGUGCGGGAUGCGCUGCGAGGAUUAUCAGAGCCGGAGAGCCAGGAGAGGAGGACGGGAUCAGCGGGACGGGACUGUUAAGCCACCGGUCUGAAAGUGACCGGCGGUCGCCUUCACCAGGACCUCAGAUUCUAUUCUAUUCUAUUCUAUUCUAUUCUAUUCUAUUCUAUUCUAUUCUAUUCUAUUCUAUUCUAAAGGAGCGACAGAACACUAGACUCCAAGGCAGCAGAGGAAGGAGGAGAGCUCCAGAUCCAGAGAGAAAGCUCUUUACGCAGAGUUACUUUCCUUUCAUCCAAACUGCGCACCGGGGAUGCGAGGAGACGCAGAAACAGGACUUUUUCCUCCCUCCACCUGGGAAAUAACCGGCUUUUUGUAGCGGAAUUUCUUCCUUUUCCAACUGUACCGGGUGUUGGAAAGAAGAGACAGAAUAAAAAAGAGAGAGAAAGAAGGGGAAACGGGGCUGGGAGAAGCUUCCCAGUUCUGUCUCGGAUGGGAUUUUUCAUGCGCCCUGCGGAUGGCGGGAUGAAACCGGGAGCGGAGGAAGAGUGAAGAGGGGCAGGGAGGGAUAGAGAUUUGAGAGAAAAUAAAAAGGAAAAGAGAGGAGGAUGGAGUCGUCGGGCGCUGGAAGAAUGCAAAACGGACGCACCCCUGCACGAGACAAGAUUGAACUCGGAAUUUAAAGGCACCCAAAGGAUACCAGACACGGUGACGACGUUUAUGGGGGGUAUUUUCUUUUUCUUCCCCUGGACCCGUUUGUGUGGAGUUACAACUGUCAUUACUGAUCUAUUACAAUGGAAAGUGGAGGAAUAACUGGCAUCUGACAGUCAAGAAAAGAAGGAAAAAGGAAUUGACUCCACUUCCACUUGACUGAGGCGGUUGCCUUGCAACAGGACCGGCAUCGUCACAUUCCUUCUGACAAAUGUGAACCUUUGACGUACAGAUGAGGAGUACAAACCAGAAGAUUUUAGACCUGGACCCUUAUCUAAGAUGUUAUGUUGCUGCUGUAACAUGUAAAUCCUGAAGCAGAGUGCAUCCUGCUCUCGUCUUUGAAGGUGUUGCAUUCAGGUGCGGGUGGUAACCAUGGAGAGGCUGUUGCUAUGUCUGAUGCUGGUAGUUGCCAUGGCAGUGAGGGCACAGAUUUGUCCAAAGCGCUGCGUAUGUCAAAUCCUGUCGCCCAACCUGGCAACCCUCUGUGCUAAGAAGGGCCUAUUGUUUGUACCGCCAAACAUCGACAGGCAUACCGUGGAACUACGACUGGCUGACAACUUUGUCACAAGUGUAAAAAGAAAAGAUUUUGCAAACAUGACGCGGCUGGUGGACCUAACAUUAUCCCGAAACACCAUCUCCUUCAUCACACCUCAUGCCUUUGCCGAUUUGGAAAAUCUCAGAGCGUUGCACCUGAACAGUAACCGCCUGACAAGGAUCGGCAAUGACACGUUUAGCGGGAUGUCUAAGCUUCAUCAUCUGAUUCUCAACAACAACCAGCUGGUGCUGAUCCAUCAAGGGGCUUUCAAUGACCUGCUUGCACUAGAAGAGUUAGACCUGAGUUACAACAACUUGGAUUCUAUUCCAUGGGAGGCUAUACAGAAAAUGACAAGCCUCCACACGUUGAGUUUAGACCACAACAUGCUGGACUUCAUUCCUGAGGGAACCUUUUCCCUUCUACAGAAACUCAACCGGCUGGAUGUCACAUCUAAUAAGCUUCAAAAGUUACCACCCGACCCACUUUUUCAGCGAGCCCAGGUCCUAGCAACAUCAGGCAUCCUGAGCACCUCUUCCUUUGCCCUGUCUUUUGGUGGAAACCCCCUCCACUGUAACUGUGAGUUACUCUGGCUGAGGAGGCUGAACCGAGAGGACGACCUGGAGACGUGCGCCACGCCUCAGCAUCUCUCUGGCAGAUACUUCUGGUCCAUUCCCGAAGAGGAAUUCCUCUGUGAGCCCCCCCUCAUCACCAGAUACUCCCAUGAGAUGAGAGUUCUAGAGGGGCAGAGAGUUUCACUCAGGUGUAAGGCGAGGGGCGAUCCAGAACCAGCCAUUCACUGGAUCUCUCCUGAAGGCAAACUGGUGUCUAACUCCUCAAGAACCUUGGUCUACAACAACGGGACCCUGGACAUCAUCAUCACCACUGUGAAAGACACCGGCUCCUUCACCUGCAUCUCCUCCAACCCUGCUGGUGAAGCCCACCAAACUGUGGACCUGGUCAUCAUAAAACUCCCACACAUCUCCAAUAACACCAACAACAUUCAGGAGCCCGAUCCGGGUUCGUCCGACAUCUCCACCUCAAGCCGGGGCGGUGCUAAUGGCAGCGAUGUAACAGGUGACAUAAAAAGUGGGGUCGAUAAGCGGGUGGUGACCGCUGAGGCCACAUCCUCAACUGCGCUGAUCAAGUUCAACUUCCAGAGGAACAUACCAGGAAUCCGGAUGUUCCAGAUACAGUACAACGGAAGCCAGGACGACUCGCUGGUCUACAGAAUGAUCCCCCCAUCAAGCAAGAGCUUCCUGGUCAAUAAUUUGGCAGCGGGAACUCAAUACGAUCUCUGUGUUUUGGCCAUUUAUGAUGAUGUCAUCACCUCCCUGACUGCCACACGGGUGGUCGGCUGUGUGCAGUUCUCAACCGAGUCAGAGUACAUGAGAUGUCAUUUUAUGCAGUCUCAGUUCCUCGGCGGGACGAUGAUCAUCAUCAUCGGAGGGAUAAUUGUGGCCUCCGUGCUGGUUUUCAUCAUCAUCCUGAUGAUACGGUACAAGGUGUGCAAUCCAGGUGGGGGUGGUAAAGGGGUCUCCAUGUCGAUGAUAAACAUGCACUCGCAGACGAAUGGUCAGCAGUCGACAGGAUCCAACAUAACCCCCAGCUCCUCCAAACACGGAUCCAUCGGACUGGAAGACCCUCCGGCGCCAGCAAAAAAAAGAGGUGGAGCAGCAGCUGCAGGGGGAGCAUGUGGGGGGAAGGACAAAAUAUCCCAGUCAUCGGAGUGCUCCCUGCCUGACUACUUCACCGCAACAUCGGUUCUUAGCCAGAGUUGGGAGUCUAAAAGCCCGACAUCCGGGGUGGAGGACCAGGAGAAAGCGAGCGAACAAAGACCUAAAACCAGCGUCGUCCUGCCAGCCUCCUCCACCGGCUCCCUGCACAAGCCAAAGCGCAAGCCUGCUCCCAGCAAGCCGGCCUCCGCUGGCUCAAACACCGCAAAGAUACCCGAGAAACUCCCAUCCACCUCCUCUCCUCGCCCCACUCUGUCCUCCCCGGCAUCUACAACCAAUGCAGCUCCUAUCACCUCAUCUACUCCCAACCCUAUAGAGAACCCAAACACCAACCGCAACAAUUCCACCUCCCUCACCCAAAUCCCACCUCCUACCUUCACUCCUUCCCCGUUCGGCAGUCGUUCUGCCGCUCCCAGCCCUGUUCCCUCUGUGCGAUUCAGAGAGACUCCCAUCCUGCGCAGGGCACCGCGCACUGCCUCAUCUUCUGCUAAGUACCAGACUCUUCCUGUGGAAGAGGGAGGCAGAAGCAGAGCGAGGAGAAGGUACUCCCUCAGUGAAGGGGGCUCAAAGACUUACUCGCCCCAUCAGGGCGCGGGAGGAGCGCCCAAGCUGGGGCGUCUGGUGCGGGACAAAAGAAGUCGGUCAAUGAGCGGCAUUCUCCUCCCUAAAGACGAGGGUGCAGACUCUGACAAAGGCCGCUGUGACUCUGACUGGAUUCUGGAAAGCACAGUUUGAAGUGAAGCGAGGCAGCAGCUAAAACAGAAACUUUUCAUUCAUAACUGUUUAACCUUUGUGUGAGAGUAUGCCGUGUGUUUGGGUUUGUUUAAAGGCGUAUGGGUGAAGGGGAGAACCUGUCAUUCAGCGUGUUGUUACUGUUCCGAAUGUACAUUUUUAUGUUUGAGUUUUCUCUGAUUUCCCCUCUUUUUUAAAGCCUUUUUUAGCUCUUCUUUUCAUUAUGUUUCUUCACAGCUUUUUGUAUUCCGUUCUGUUUGACAUCAUCACUUUUCCUGGUCAGUCUCUUUUUUUUCAACGGGUGAAGUUCUUGCCUUGUCUCGUAGCACCCUCGACUUGUCUCGUUGGUUCCACUUUAUAGCACAAAAGAAAAAAAACAAGACAACAAGCUUGCCAUGUCAUUUCCGAUUCACACUCACCUUAUCUGACAAUACUACUAAAAGGGAAUUUUAAAAAAGGGAACGAGGAGAAAGAUGAAUCGAUUGGGAAAAUAAGCACAUUAUUCUCAACGCAUACACACUCACAGUGAGUGUGUGUCCAUAACUUGGCAAGAGAACAGCAGUCAGUGCCUUCUUUUGCACUAACAGACCCUCACUAACUGAUAGAGCCACAAUGUAGGAGAUCACACCGGCUCCACCAUUGGAGGAAUUUGGAUGAAUGGGAUCAACUAAGGAAGAGCGAGAUUUCACACAUAGCCUUUCUUACCUUCUGCAGAGUACAGAUCUUUUCUUGUGUGUAUAAAGGAAAGAUCGAACAACACAUUGAGAAUCUAAUGGACCUCUUAUGAAAUUGAUAUUUUUUAACAGGAAUUAAAGAAAAAAAAGAACAUGAUUACUUUGUGAGCUUUUCACUGGCAUUGGUAUACUAUGGCCUGUGUUGGUCACACGCUCCCAGAAAGCUUCUGUACAGAAAAAAAAUUCAAAAAAUAAAAAAACAACAUGUACUGUGUUGUUAUGUUGUGUAAAAUAAAAAGGGAUAAAAUAAAAAAAAA